AUGACAGCCCUGAUGGAAACAGAUGGUUUCAAUGAAGAAAAUGGAGAUCAUAAUAGCAUCAACGAUACCCUUGUUGGUGUUCCAUUAGUCUUCAUUGACAAUAAUAACAAGAAAAUCCUCAUGGAAAAAGAGCUUCCCAAUGAGAAACGAGCACCCCUUCAAGAGGACCAAGAUUCUUCAAGCACAGAACAAGAACUAGAUCAAGAUCUUGGUGGCAAUGAUGAAGAUAUGAUACAUGACCCUGUUGAGAUGAAAGUCAAGAUAAAAAAAUCACUGCUCGAAUUCCGGGGCAAAGUGGAGGACGCCAUCCUUAGAAACUACCUCUUAGGGGAGGGCUCUAAGAAGCUCACACCAGAAGAGCUUAAGGACAUAUCCUUAUGGGGUAUCCCUUUGCUUCCAAGCAAGGGUCAUGAAGGCACUGACAUCAUUCUCUUGAAGUUCUUGAAGGCUAAGGACUACAAGGUCUCUGAAGCAUUGGACAUGCUCCAGAAGACCUUGAAUUGGCGAAUUGAGAAUCGCGUCGACCGCAUUCUUGACGAGGAGGAUCUCGGCUCGGAGUUCGAGCAUGCCAGCUUCUUGAAUAGUAGGGACAAAGAAGGGCGCCCUGUUUGUUACCAUCUCUAUGGUAUUUUCAAUGACAAGAGCCUUUAUAAGAAGACUUUUGGGACACAGCAGAAGCGUGAGAGGUUCUUGAGGUGGAGGAUUCAACUUAUGGAGAGGGCUGUGAGGAAGCUAUGCUUCAAAGAAGGAGGUGUUGAUUCAGUGAUUCAGGUCUAUGAUCUUAAACGUGCAUCUCCACAACGGAUGAAGGAGCUUGAAUCAAUAAGCAAGCAAGCUCUACUCUUGAUUCAGAACUACUAUCCUGAACUUGUCUGGAAAAAUAUAGUACUACAUGCUCCAUUUUGGACGUACACCUCUCAGGUGCUAUUCUCAAGGUUCAUGAGUCAGAGGAGUAAAAAGAAAUUCAUCCUAGUUAGGCCACAAAGGAUCACAAAGACACUUCUCAAAUUUGUUGACCCAGAACAGCUUCCAGUAGAAUAUGGAGGUCUUAGGAGGGAAAAGGACCCAGAUUUCUCACCUGAAGAUAAGGCUGAAGAACUCCACAUCAGAGGAAAUACAGUUUCUACGGUUGAAUUUCCAGUCAGUGAGUCUGGAGUGACAGUAACUUGGGAUGUAACUGUGCUUGGAUGGGAUGUGUCUUACAAAGAAGAGUUUGUCCCAGAUGAUGAAGGGUCAUACACUAUAUUGCUUCAAAAUCAAAAUAGGCUUGGUGAGAGUAUUAGAAACUCCUUUUACAUCAAUGAACCUGGGAAGAUAGUCCUAACUAUUGAAAAUGGCAACUACAGGAAGAGGAGAAUGUUCUAUAGAUCUAAGACUAGAAUCACAGUUCCCAUGUUCAUCUUGCUAUCUAAUAGUAGUUAAACCAUUGAGGGGGUUCUUCCAUUUUGAUUUGGUGGAUGAAAAUUGUAUAUUUCCUUUUCAACUUUUUGAGAGAAACCAAGCAACCAUAUAAACAAAAAAUUGAUGAUAUGGCAGAAUAGAACAAAUUUACUGUCACAGGCUAACAUGUAUCUUCCCAAAUCCCAAGUCACUU